UUUGUGUGUGUGUGUGUCUUACAUUAUAUUUUUAUAGAUUUUGUUAUAAACAUGGUGCUGGGAAAGGUGAAGAGUUUGACAAUAAGCUUUGACUGUCUUCAUGACAGCAAUGUCCCCGUGUAUUCCAGUGGGGAUACAGUCUCAGGAAGGGUGAAUUUAGAAGUUACUGGGGAAAUCAGAGUGAAAUCUCUUAAAAUUCAUGCAAGAGGACAUGCGAAAGUACGCUGGACCGAAUCUAGAAACGCCGGCUCCAAUACUGCCUAUACACAGAAUUACACUGAAGAAGUAGAAUAUUUCAACCAUAAAGACAUCUUAAUUGGACAUGAAAGAGAUGACGAUAAUUCCGAAGAAGGCUUCAACACUGUCCAUUCAGGAAGGCAUGAAUAUGCAUUCAGUUUUGAGCUUCCACAGACACCACUUGCUACCUCAUUCGAAGGCCGACAUGGCAGUGUGCGCUAUUGGGUGAAAGCCGAAUUGCACAGGCCUUGGCUUCUACCAGUAAAAUUAAAGAAGGAAUUUACAGUCUUUGAGCAUAUAGAUAUCAACACUCCUUCAUUACUGUCACCUCAAGCAGGCACGAAAGAAAAGACUCUCUGUUGCUGGUUCUGUACCUCAGGCCCAAUAUCCUUAAGUGCCAAAAUCGAAAGGAAGGGCUACACCCCAGGUGAAUCAAUUCAGAUAUUUGCUGAGAUUGAGAAUUGCUCUUCCCGAAUGGUGGUGCCAAAGGCAGCCAUUUACCAAACACAGGCCUUCUAUGCCAAAGGGAAAAUGAAGGAAGUCAAACAGCUUGUGGCUAAUUUGCGUGGGGAAUCCUUAUCAUCUGGAAAGACAGAGACAUGGAAUGGCAAGUUGCUGAAAAUCCCACCCGUUUCUCCCUCUAUCCUCGACUGUAGUAUAAUACGUGUGGAAUAUUCACUAAUGGUAUAUGUGGAUAUUCCUGGAGCUAUGGAUUUGUUUCUUAAUUUGCCACUUGUCAUUGGUACCAUUCCUCUGCAUCCAUUUGGAAGCCGAACCUCAAGUGUAAGCAGUCAGUGUAGCAUGAAUAUGAACUGGCUUGGUUUAUCCCUGCCUGAAAGACCUGAAGCACCACCCAGCUAUGCAGAAGUGGUGACAGAAGAACAAAGGCGGAACAAUCUUGCACCAGUGAGUGCCUGUGAUGACUUUGAGAGAGCGCUUCAAGGACCACUGUUCGCAUAUAUCCAGGAGUUUCGGUUCUUGCCUCCACCACUUUAUUCAGAGAUUGAUCCAAAUCCUGAUCAAGCAGCAGAUGAUAGACCAUCCUGCCCCUCUCGUUGAAGGUGUACUUGGUUGAUUCAAGUUGAUAUGGGUUCCUAACUAUCUCAUCCCGGCUGAGGACAGAGAUGUAUCUUGGAGACACGUUUUCAGAGGAAGUGGAAUCGCUUUUGCCCAGAAAAAGGGGCGAAUACAUGAAACAACCAGUGAUCAAGCUUUAGAAGCCUACAGCAACAUUCUGGGACUGCUCCAACAUGCUUGAAGAUCUAAGCUUUUCUCUUUUAAAACUGGCACAUACUAAGAGCAGUUUUCUUAGCCUAUGGUCAUACGUGUCAAGACACCACGUUGUAAAGAGGGAUGAUUUCCUUCUUUUGAUUUGAAAAUUUGCACAUGCUCAAUGCUUAACAUUGUGCGGUUCGAUGUCACUACAGCUUUUUUUUCCAUUUAUGCCAGACUCUUGAUACUCUUUUAAAACUUGUCUGUGGUCAGCACAACAAGAACAAAAGAAAGCUUUGAAAAAACUUUUAACAUGGAAAAGGCGCACUGACUUUUUUUUUUUUUAAAUUUAACAUAGCCUGGACGUUACCUGCGUAUGCACAUGCUCAGAAUUGUCCUACUAGGCUGACCAUGUAUCACCUCUUCAGCUUGGAUCCUAUUGUGGAUUUAUUUACAAACAUCAAAUGCCUUCAAGCCAAUCCUUCUUGCUGUAUGUUUUGUAGCCUACUGUAGUAGAUAUGCAACAGAUAUGUGGGAAGAGAGAUAAGAGGAGGAAGCUAAUAAGAUGACUGUCAAGAUUGUAUACCUUCUUGGUUUCUUUUGAGAAUUUGUUGCCUUUCUACUCUUACAGCAAAGCAGCAUUUUGUUACUGACUGCCUAAAAUCACUUAAUCUCAGGUGAACGCAUCACUUGCCAAACUGUUGGAAUGCUAUUUGUGUUUUGUUGCACUGUUAUUUUUUGUUUGGUUGGUUGGCUGGCUUUUCGGAGAGGGAAAUUUGGAAAAGGGACAUACACAAAAGUGAUAACCCACCCGCAUUCCCUUUUUAUCAUUACAUAUAAGAAGAAACUAGCAGAGCUAAGAAUUGAGUCAAGAAAGGCAGGAUGGCAGGCACCAGCAAGGAGUUGGGCUGUUGCUCGUAAAAACUAUUAUUUUUACGAUGAUUUUAUAAGUGUGGAAGUUUUCCAGUCACUGGAAAGGAGGCAAAAGUGCAUUUAUUUUUAUACAGAGUUACUUAAUUACCUCCGAAACACAUAUGUUGGAAAUCAUUUUUGCUAGUGCAAAGUAUUUUAAUGAACAGCAACAUAUAGGUAGGUUCAGAUUAUGAUUAGAGAAGUCAGUAUAUACUUUGGCUGUCCUAUUCAAGCUCCUGCAGUAUGAAAACGCAAGUUUGUUCUAAGUGUUUUACUUCACAGUUACAAAUAACUAGACUGUGUGCUGGAAUAAUAACUUUUAUAUUUUUGUGGGACUUUUUAACAAAAGUAUUUUUUCCAUUAUCACUAGACAUGAGAAAUCACUCAUGUUAAGUAUAUGUAGAUAAGAAGAAAUAUCAGUAAAUUUUAAUUUCUAGCAAGAAGAUAAUUUACUGUUGGCUCAUGACAAGUAUACCAGCAUUCAUAAUAAAACUUAAACACUGCAUUUUCCAAGGUACCAUUCUGUACUGAUAAACAUUUUAGAAGGAUCUCAGCUCUGAUGUUUUUAAUGAAAAUCAGCAUCUCUGAUGUUGCAACAUAUGUGUGAUUUGGGUGUUAACAUUUAUCCUGCCAUUUAACCCCACAAUAAUAACGUGGCUGAAAAUAAUAGUAACUCUGGCUUGGUGCUUGACCUGGUUAAAUACUGUCUUAAAGCUUCAUACAAAACAAAUAGGCUUUUCCAUAAGUGGCCUUUAAGAAAACAUGGAAGACAAUUCAUGUUUGAAAAAUGCUGACAGGGUGAGGAAAGCCCAGUGUAAAAAUGAAUCACGUUUUAAGUGAUUCAGUUAAAGGGUUUGGGCUCCCGUAGCAAACUAAUACUAGAUAAUAAGGAAAUGGGGGUGAAAUAUUUUUUUAUUAUUGAAUCAUUUUGUGAAUGUCCCCCUCAAAAGAAGCUAAUGGAAUAUUUGGCAUAAAGGGCAUUUGGUGGUUUUAUUUUUGUUGGGGGGGAGGGAUUGUCAGAAAAUCCCUUUUCUUUUUUUCUCUUCUGUCUGACUAGGGAACAAUUGUUAUGCAUAGCAUUGGAAUACUUACCACAUAUACUCUUGUAAAUGACACAUGAAGCAAGAAUGACCAAUAUUCUCAUAAUUGGCACGUGGUCACAUUAUAAAGUGAUAAACAUUUUAAUAUAUAAAACUUUAUCAAAUAAAGUUUUUUUUCCAGUUAAGUAUUUCUUUACUACUACGAGGCAUUACUUUAUUUUUUCUAAAUAUUGGUCAAUUCCUGAUAUAACAUGUGAGAGUCACAAUUGUAUUCCAGUAUUCGAGAUAGAUUCCUGAUUUUUCAAUUAGGAAAAGGUAAAAUCCAAAAUGUUAGCAAAACAAAGUGCAAUAUUAAAUGUUUGCUUUAUGGAUUAUAUUCUAUGGCUGUUUGUAAUUUUUUUCCUUUUUUUAUUUGGUGCUGAAUAUGUCCUUGUAGGCUCUGUUUUAAGAAAACAUGUGGGAAAUGAUUUAAUUUUUCCUAUUGCUCUUCCUUGUGGAAAAUAAAAGUGUUUUUGUUUUUCCUUUUUGUAAAA